AAACCGCCUUAAAAUUUAACUACAUUUCCCAGCCUAGUACUGGACUUCUUUGCCUUCGCCCCUAUGACCAUAUCUGUACAAGAAUAAAGGUGACCCUCCAGUUAACUUGAAUGCGAAGUGGGAGAGCCGUUGUACCAGAUCGAGAAUAAUACAAGAUGUCUGACCCAAUUAAAGUUCUCGUGACCGGGGCCGCCGGACAGAUUGCCUAUUCUCUUCUGUACAGCAUUGCUAAGGGGGAUGUCUUCGGCAAAGAUCAGCCUAUCAUCCUAGUUCUGCUUGACAUACCGCCCAUGCUGCCGGUCCUGGAUGGUGUUGUCAUGGAGCUGCAGGACUGUGCUCUCCCACUUCUGAGGGAGGUCAUUCCAACGGACAAGGUGGAGGUGGGAUUCAAGGACCUGGACGCCGCCAUCCUGGUGGGCUCCAUGCCCAGGAAGGAGGGCAUGGAGAGGAAGGACCUGCUCAAGGCCAACGUGGCCAUCUUCAAGACCCAGGGCGAGGCCCUGGACAAGUACGCCAAGAAGACCGUCAAGGUCCUGGUUGUGGGAAACCCAGCUAACACCAACUGCUUGAUCGCCUCCAAGUCCGCCCCCUCCAUUCCCAAGGAGAACUUCUCCUGCCUGACCCGUCUGGACCACAACAGGGCCUGCUCACAGGUGGCCAUGCGCUGCGGCGUCGCCUCCAACAACGUCAAGAACGUGAUCAUCUGGGGGAACCACUCCUCCACGCAGUACCCCGACGUGCACCACGCCAAGGUGUCCCAGCACGGGAAGGAAGUGGCCGCCUACGACGCCGUGAAGGACGACGGCUGGCUCAAAGGAAGCUUCAUUUCUACAGUGCAGCAGCGCGGUGCGGCGGUCAUCAAAGCCAGGAAGCUGUCCAGCGCCAUGUCUGCCGCCAAGGCCAUCUGUGACCACAUGAAGGACAUCUGGAACGGCACCUCCGAGGGCGAGUUCAUCUCCAUGGGCGUGUACUCCAGCGGGAACUCCUACGGCGUGCCCGAUGACCUCAUCUACUCGUUCCCCGUGGUGAUUAAGAACAAGUCCUGGAAGAUCGUGGACGGGCUCCCGAUCAACGAGUUCUCCCGCGGCAAGAUGGACGCCACCGCGGCGGAGCUGGUGGAGGAGCGGGACACCGCCCUCACCUUCCUGGGGGUGUGACUGGCGACCCCGCCCCCAACGCGGCGGGAUUCAGUCCCCCGAAACCCUCCCUCCUCCCGUCUAUAAAAACACACCCCCCUCCACCACCACCACCACCACCCCACCAGCACCGUGUGUGUGUGUGUGCGUGUGUUCCAUUUUGUCAAGCUUUUAAAAGUAACGACUAGAAAAUAAAUAAAACCGCAGCUCCCGCUAGCCUGUGUCGGAAGACACCGGGGAAUGCUGUGUGGUAGGUAGGCUAACGAUGCACUUAGUCAUCCAACCGUUGUAAUGGUUACAUGUUGAGAUCCACAAUAAAACAAAGAAAACGAUGUCGACUAA